AUUAGACUUAAAUCUGUUGGAUAUUCUGAUUUGAAAUCAUUUAAUAUCAAUAAACCUUUCAAAUUUUGUCAAAUUUUGUAAAAUUAAAGUAUGUAACAAGUAUUCGACACGUGUUUUGUGUGCUCAAAUACAAUAUAAUUCCCCUAAUGGGUGAUCUAGAUGUUCAGAGUAAUAUGGAUCAUACUAUUGUACAUUAUGUCAAUUACAUUCCAUUAUUUUAUGACUGCAUAAUAAGGAUGAGACAUACUGCUCACGGAGCUCCAUGGUUACUUCGUGACAACAAAUAAUUCGCGGGUCAUAUUUUAUGAUCUGUGGCAGCAACCUGCAGUUUUAAGCUUAAACUCAACACGAUUAGUUCGUAUAUUAGUGGACAUUAGAAAAGAAGCUUUCGUAAUUAUGCUUAUGGUACAAUUGAAGUGCUUAUUACUGGACAAUCAGAUUUGUACAAUUAUAUAAUUGGUAAUGGGACCCAAGAAUUUUCUUGUACAACUUCAAUCAUGUUAAAUCUGCCGUCGAAAUUUCAAAGACAAGUUACAAGCAAGAAAGGAAUAAGUGAUUGGUGGUUUUUCCAUGCUACGGACUUACGAUCCUUGAUGUAUCCUUGUCUCGUCUUUUGCCGUAUUCUCGGGAUAUUCCCAUACAAGAUCAACAGUUCGUCCUUUGAAACUUCUAAACCAUACUUCUUUCUAUCAAUUAUGAAUAUGUGUGUUUUCUGUCUUAGUGCGCUGAUAAUAAUACCAGAUAUUCCUGAAGCGUACCAGGUUAAACAAUCACAUGUAUCUAAAAUUAUUGAAAUUAACUGCUUUUAUAUUUUCGGCGGUUUCAUAACUGUCGUUGCGUACAUUUUAAGCGGACCACAAAAGCGUUUACUACAGACUAUACUGAACAACUCUUCAAGACUUUCUUUGAAAACGUAUCAGAAACACUCUAUGCUGAUCCACGCCAAGGACAUUUUUGGUUUUUGUAUUUUACUCGUGCAUUCAUUGAUCUGCUUUUACAUGUACCCAACGCCUAUUUGGGUUAGAGCGUUUUCAACGUACGUGACUCUAAUAAUAUAUAUGACAAAUAUGCUGUACAUAAAUUGCGUUUACAUAUUAAAAGCAUGUUUCAAGAAAAUCAACGAUAAUUUGGCAAAUUUAUUCAUAACGAACGACGAACAUUUAGUCAAGUCGAUCUGUCGUGAGCAAAGUACCCCUUUAUUGUUGAUGGAGCUCAACACCUUGAAGAAACGACAUUUGAUGAUUAGCGAUUCAGUACAAAUGCUUAAUAUAAUUUACAGCCCGCAGCUCCUCGCAACCAUAGUCAUGGUAUUCAUUCAGAUUACUUUUGAAAUAUAUUUCAAUGUAGUACAAUGGCAAAAUGGCUAUAUCACAUGGACAUCUAACAACAUUGAAAUGGCUGUGCUAGUUUACAUUUGGUUUCAUCUUAUAAAAAUAUUAUUGAUAACAUGGGUCUGCGAAACCGGAAAAAACGAAGUGACAAAGAUUAACACUACCGUACAUGAUGCACUUAACAGCACCAGCGACGAACAAAUCAAAUAUGAGUUGCAGCUAUUUUCUUUACAAAUAAUGCAUUGUGAUAAUACAUUCUCCGCGAAGGGUCUCAUUCUGGACGCGAGGCUUCUUACAACCAUGAGUGGUUCUGUCACUACACAUCUUUUAAUUUUAAUACAAUUUUUGAUCACCUCGCAUUCUUGCGAUGGAAAGACUACAUUCAAUGUGACACAAGCAACCUGAAUCACCAUAAAUAGUCUCA